UCAAGAAUCAAUAGUGGACACUUGGAAGAGAAAAAAAGUCAAGAGGAGGUGAUGGUUAGAAAAAUUCAGAAGAAUUUACCUUCAUGUUGCGUGUCAGGUACACUGGGUGAUCCAGGGAUUUUCUUCAGUCAUGACCUGGGAUAAAGGCUAGCAACAUUUUUCAUUACAAAGAUUCCACAUCGUGUGCUAAGUGAUGGUUCUAUACACAAUGACGGGUAGUUUUCCAAUAUUUGACAGUAUUGCUGGUUGCUCAUCAUAGGUCAACAAAGGAGUUAAGAAGCCAGUCAUAGAUUUCUACAAGUUGAAUCAGAGAACAGCAACAAGGAGUUGGAAGUCCCUCCAUCAUCACCAGCCAUUUUAGCCAAUCAAAUGCACCCGGAUAAUAAACUAAGUAAUCAUGGCAAGACAGCUAACAGUGGUACCCCAUCCCAGCACCAGAAUGUGAACCAAGGUCCCACCUGCAACCUGGGGUCAAAGGGCGUGGGGGUGGGAAAUCAUGGCAGCAAGGCCAAUCAGAUUUCUCCUGGGAACUCUGGACUGAAAAAUAGCCAGAACACAAUUCAGAACAUUGGUUCAUUAAAGGGAAAAGUGAAACAUGAACAGUGUGUGUCUGUGGAUUCUGUAGAUCAGACAGAGGCAUGUACACCUACAUUAGACACAGAAUCAAAAGAGGGAAUUCCGAGGAGUAAGAGACGGUGUGUGUUGGAGAGGAAACAACCAUACAGUGGAGACGAGUGGUGUUCUGGGCCUGACAGCGAAGACGAGAAUCCUCUUCCUAGUGCACACAACUGUAAUGUAGCAGAUUGCAAUAUGUCGGUACCUCCACAGCCAGCUCCUGGUUCCAAUGCACUGCCUAGCCUGAAUGAAACUGGUUCUUCCAAUGCAUCUCAUAGCUCCUCCACUAACUCUGGACUGCAACCUGAAAGUGUUGUUGGUGCUUCAGGAAAGCCACCUUCUCAGCUUGUCUAUGUUUUCACUACACAUCUGGCUAACAAAGCUGCAGAGGCAGUGCUGCAAGGUAGAGUGGACUCGAUUGUGGCUUAUCAUCAACAAAAUGUUCCUCGUAGCAAGUUGGAGCAGAUCUCUCAUAUAACUCAGAAGAUGCCGGGACUUCAGGAGCCGCUACAUUUGAACACACCUUCAGCUGUUACUCCACAGCCUCAGCUUGCACCACCACCACCACCACCACCUCAAUCAGCUGCGCAACAACAGCAGCAGCAGCAGACUGUGCAGCAACCACCACAGAAUCCUAGUCAAACAGAUGUUGUACACACACCAAGUGCACUUCCACAGGAUGGACAAGCAGAUGAAGCCUGUUCAGAUCUGACUCCAGCCCUAAUGCGGAAUGGCAGUAAUAACAGUAAUAGUAGUAGCACUAGCAGCAAUAGCAGUAGUACAGCAGGAAACAACCAUCCAGGGGCACCAAACUCUGCCAUCAGCCAGAUGCAGACAGUGAAGGCAGAAACCCCUGGUGCUCCAAGUUCAAAUGUACUCACAGAAACAACAAACACAAAUACUGCUGGAAAUGAACAGGCAAAUGUGACCCAUGCAACUGUUGAAAGCAGUGAAGUGUUAUCAAAAGAACAGCUGGAACAUAGAGAGCGUCAGUUACAAACCUUAAGAGACCUUGAGCGGAUCCUUCUGAGUAAAGAUGAGACAUUAUUGAAAUCCAAUCAAAGUGGCAAUGAAGUUCAGCCACAGCAGGGACUCAAAAAGUACGAAGAACCCCUCCAGUCAAUAAUAUCACAGACUCAAAGUCUUGGUGGCCCAAACAUGGAGCAUGAGUCACCUCACCAUUUAACAUCUGAUUUGGGACAGCAAAUUAACUUGAUGGUGCAGAGGAUGCCCCAUGAUAACUUGACACCAGAGCAGAUAGCAUGGAAAAAAUUGCAAGAAGAGUACUUGGAGGAUAAAAGGAGAAAAGAAGAACAGGCCAUCAUGCAUCAGAGAACAGUGCAGGACAUGAUGAUGCAGCAGCCUAUUGGCGGUAUGAUGGUAAGAGGACCACCACCACCAUACCACAGCAAAUCUGGUGAACAGUGGCCACCUGGAAUGGGAAACAGACUUGGAGGUCCUAUAGACAUUCAAGAUCCCAUGCAACCCAGAGGAGGGCCAUCAUUUCCUGGUCCACGGCUUCCUAGCAGUCAGUUACGUGUUGGUGGCUACGGAGGGGUGCAAAACAUGCCAGUGGAUGCUGUAGGGCCCAUGAAUGCUGCCAUGCAGCGUUCCUUGAGACCUGGAGUCAGCUGGCCAGAUGAUAUGCCUCCUGUUGGAGGUCCAAGGAGUUUUCCACAAGGAAACAUGCCUUACCCUCCAGCACAAAGUGAAUCUGAGCGGUUCAUAACUCCAAGAACAAGAGAAGACCUACUAAGGCAGCAGCUUAUGGAGAAGAGGUCCAUGGGAAUGCAGAGGCCAAUGGGUCUUCCCAGUGCAGGCAACAUGGGUAACAUCAACCAAGAAAUGGAAAUGGAAAGGAUAAUGCAAGCUCAGAGGCAGAUGGACUCUGGUAUUUUCCCUGGGGAAAAUCUUGGUGGGAAUCCUAUGGGGAUAGAGUUUGGUGCUACAAGAGGGAUGCUGAGUCCUCCAAUGACACAGACAGGCUCUUUAAGGGAUAUAGAAACACAAAUUGGUCCUGGAAACUUCAAUAUGAAUGUCAAUAUGAACAUGAAUAUGAAAUUCAAUGUACAGAUGACACCUCAGCAGCAGAUGUUGAUGUCGCAAAAGAUGAGAGGACCUGAACUUAUGUCUCAAGGCAUGACUCCAGAAGAGAUUGCAAGGAUUCGAGCACAGAAUAGCAAUGGAAAUGGAAUGAUAGGUGGACCUCAGAAAAUGAUGAUGCCCUCACAAUUCACUAACCCAGCUCAACAAGGUUUUACAAGUGGGCCAGGGUCCUAUCCAAAUAUUCCUCAGGAAAUGGGAAACCCUUCGGACAUGUUCAAUGCAGAGCAGGUUCUCAUGCCAGUUGGAAGCAUUAGUGGUACCACUAGGCUCAGCCACAUACCAAUGCAACCAUCAAACCAACCUCCCAACCAUGUGCACCAAACUGUUUCAAGGGGACUUGGCCGAAGGCCUUCUGAUCUCACAAUCAGUGUCAGCCAGAUGAACUCUCCUGGAAUGAGUAACCUUAAAUCACCAACUUUAAGUCAAGUGCACUCUCCAUUAGUUAUGUCCCCUUCAGCCAACCUGAAGUCCCCUCAGACACCAUCCCAGCUAGUUAAUUUGCAGUCUUCUAAUCAGUCUGGUCCAUUGAAAUCCCCACAGGUACUUAGUUCAUCCCUAAGUGUUCGAUCUCCUACUAGUUCUCCAAAUCGACUUAAAUCUCCCUCCAUGACAGUGCCCUCUCCUGGAUGGACAGCUUCUCCCAAAACUGCGCUUCCAAGUCCUGGAAUAAACCAGGGCAAACAGUCUGCCAAUAUGAACUCUGUCGUUACUGUUGGAGGGAUGGAUCAGGGACCACUCCCUCCAGUUUCUAGAAAUAGUUCUUCAGGGCCCAUGAAUAACACCAUGAAUCCCAACAUGCCUUUCACCUCCUCUCCAGAGUCUACCCCUACCCAGAAUCCUCUGUCACUGAUGAUGUCACAGAUGUCAAAGUAUGCCAUGCCCAGCUCCACUCCGCUCUACCACAACGCCAUUAAAACCAUAGCUACAUCGGAUGAUGAAUUAAUGCCAGACAGGCCAAUGCAUCACUCGGGAAAUGUGCCAGGUUCAAUAGGAAACCAGCCUGAUCAAAUGCACUUAAAUUCAGCAAUUCCCACCUCCUCUCAUAGUCCUGUUGGCAUGAAUAUACCUGGCCAGCAGCCUCUGUCUCACGACCCUUCAACACCAUUGAUGAGCUCUCCAAAUCCUUUGAGUUCCAACAUUCCGAUGCAUCCAGGAGGACAAGGAUCUGCACCUCAGAACCCUAUGCUGAUGGGUCCUGGACCACAGGACUCAAUGGGUCAGCCCUGUGGCCCUGUUUCAAACAAUGGACAGAUGCUCCCAACAAACCAUUUGAGUUUCUCACGUUUGCAGCAGUCGCACAACCCCUUGCAGUCACCAGCAGCUGGUAUGCCAAUGACUCAAGUAGGCGGAGGACACUUACAACAACACUACCCACCAGGGAUUGCCCUAACACCAGAUGAUGUAGCCCCUCCACAGCCUGGCCAGAUACCACCUCAUCAGCAUAUCAUUGCUAAAAGCCUGCCUUCACGGACUGGAGAAUCUUACCCACCUGUCUUGUCUGGAGUUGCCUCUGUUCUAAAUGACCCUGAUCUUAGUGAUGUCAUACGUCCAUCUCCUACUGGCAUUCCUGAAUUUGAUCUAUCACGCAUCAUUCCUUCAGAAAAGCCAAGCAGCACACUGCAGUAUUUUCCCAAGAAUGAUAGCCAGCUGCCCAAAUCUCAGCCUUCCAACCUGCACCUCAUCAACUUGCAGAAUAUGAUGGUUGACCAGCCACCAAUCAGACCUAGUAUGAGUGUUCCAAAUCUUCCAGGACAGCAGGGGGUGCAGCGGGGACUAAACAUUCCCCUUUGUCACCCAGGACAGAUGUCGAUGCUAAGUAGGACAGGAAUGCCACCACAGCAGGGCAUGAUGGGAAAUACUAUGCAUCAAGGAAUGAUGUCACCACAGCAAUCUAUGAUAGCUCAGCAAAUGAUGAUGCAAGCUAAGCAGAGGAGUAUGUCUAUGUCUGGUGAGAUGUAUGCUCAGACUGGACACAUGAUGGCACCACAGGGCGCUGUCAUGGGGCCACCAUCUCAACAGGGUAUCAUGGUGUCACACCAGAUGAGACAAAGGAGCAUGUCCCUAGAUGGCCAAAUGAACUAUGGCCCUUUGCCAGGAAAUAUGGCGAAUCUGCCUUUCUAACUGCUUCAUGUUUUGUUUAAUUGUACAAAAUGUAAUUUGAGCCUUUUUGAGUUUUUAUUUUCAGAUUUGGGAUGGACAUUUUUUUAACAUGGAUGAUGACUGUCUUCUGUUAUUGGGAAGGGGAAGAAUGGGAUUAUAUGAGGGAAAACACAAACAGUAAACAUUUUUAAGAAUAAUCAUCAGCCAGAACUUCCAGUCUUUUUUUCUGAAACCAAAUGUUGUGCAGAGAAUUAAAAAUUACUGUAAGUUAGUUGCUGGGUUUGUGAUUGUUUUUAACUGUUCUUUAUUUCUGUGUUUUAAUAGAAGCAUCAGAAAAAAUCAGUUAAAAAAUUCAAAGAACUUUUGGGGAGUAUGUUUUAGUUGGGAGCAGCUGGCAGCCAUAAAUUUUUUUUUCUUAAGUGUCUGGAGUGUAUGAAUUGUCCUGUUUUAAAAAAAGAAAAAAAUGAUGACAAAAAAAAAAGAAAAAAACUGUGCACCUUGCUAUAGUUUUACUUGGAUGGUCUCUGGUUUGAUAUCAAGAGCAGCACCUUGCUGUAAGAUGUUACUCUUUUUUUCCUUUUUGAGAAGGGUUGUUUUUAUUAUAAGCAGCAGGAUCUGAUGAUGGGUCUUUAUUUUCUCAACAGAUUGUUUCCAAUCCACUGGGUUGGCUUGACUCAAAUUUCUCUCUGCACUUGGGGCUGUGAUUUAAGAAUAAAAAGUGAAGGAACAUUGAA